AUGGCGACUUCUAGUGCGGUCAAAUCCUGUGCGAGCAAAUUGACCAAAGCAGAGAAGAAGGCUUUAAGAAAACAAACAAAACUUAUCCAUGCUCUUCGNAAUUUAGAAUCCAAGAUGGCGACUUCUAGUGCGGUCAAAUCCUGUGCCAACAAAUUGACCAAAGCAGAGAAGAAGGCUUUAAGAAAACAAACAAAACUUAUCCAUGCUCUUCGUAGACAUAAUGCCGAUCUUGCAAGUGUUUCAGAAUCGCCAACUCGACACCUGAUGGUUGGAAACGGAGGAUUAAUGUGCGGUGUUGACAGAAGUCAAAUCGUUAGCUUGUUUCAGAAGUUUGGAAACAUUGAACGGCUUUUAAUGUUUCCUGGUCGAUCGUUUUCCUUUAUCAGCUUUCAGACUGUCAGUGAAUCUGUGAGGGCAAUGGAGACAGUGCAUGGUCGUGUUUUAAAUUGCCCUUCCGAAUUUCCCAGACCCGAUGUGACCUUUUACCUUUCAUUCCUUGCAAAUGUACCUGACGACGUCACGAUUGAGAAUCAGGUUAAACCGGCUGGACUUGUGCUAGUGGAAGACUUUGUGACUGAAGCAGAAGAGGAGGAAUUGAUCCAGGCGCUGGGUUGGAGAGUUGAUGGCAGUGAAAAUGAAAUUCCAGGGACAGGUAUUUACCUAAGUUUUUUCUGGCAUAAUCAAUCACUCUGCGAUCAAACAAAAUCGAACCUACACGAAAAUCAUAAGAGACUAUGUUUCAGUAUAACACCGCGGAAAUAUGAUAUCAUCUAUGGUACAAAAAGCACAUCAAACAAGGGGGCCAGUUGUGGUGGACCCUCCGAGGAACAUCAAUCAAAUAUCGCAGAGAGCACCUCGAGAGAAACAGCUGAAGACGGAACUACUCUGUUUGAAAGACAAACGAGAAUCUCGCUGACGCUCCGAAAAAUUCGUCACACUCCUUGUAACUGUUCCUUCGCAUCUCAGUGCGACUCGCAAAAUGACAAUAAAAAUUCAUCUGCAGUUCCACCGUCUUCUGAUGUCCCAAAGACAAUCGGAGAAGCUCAGAGCCUGGAGAAGAUACAUGUACAUGAAGUGUACGAGAAGAUAGCGCCUCAUUUCAGUGGAACCCGCCACAGUCCCUGGCCAGAGAUUGCGGAGUUUUUAAGAGGGCAAUCCGUGGGAAGCCUGGUGGCUGAUGUUGGCUGUGGAAAUGGAAAGUAUCUUGGGAUCAAUGAAAACAUAUUCAAGACUGGCUCUGAUAGAAGUGUCAACCUUGCGGCCAUCUGCAGGGAGCGGGGAUUUUCUGUGAUUGUGUGCGACAUCUUGGCCUUACCAUACAGGUCCAAUGCGUUUGACGUGUGUCUGUGUAUCGCAGUUCUUCAUCAUCUCUCCACUGCAGAGCGGCGUCUAUCGGGUCUCAGGGAGCUGGUGCGAAUUACACGGCCAGGUGGACUGGUGCUAGUCUACGUCUGGGCUUUAGAACAAGAAGCGAAAAAAAUAAAGAAGAAACAGUUGAAAGAAGUGAAUUUCACUGGAGAGAAUGACCAUCGAACUGUACAAGACAGCGAAAAUACCCCGGACGAGUCUUCGAAAGAAAGCGGUGUGGCAGAAGUUUUUCAUGAAAGUAAAGAACCUUUUACAAACAAAUUUGAAAAUUCGAGUGAAAAUAAUUUAACAAAACUACUGGUAAAUGCUUCCAGGGAGUCCUUUGAGCAACAAGACUUGUUUGUACCUUGGAAAUACAGCGGACCAGGGAAACUACAAGAAAAACAGCAAAGAGAAACUGAAGAAUCAGGCCUCGAGGGCAAAGAUGGUCACGUGUACCAUAGGUAUUAUCACGUGUUUCAAGUUGGCGAGCUCCGGGAACUUUGUAGCCAUCUGAGUAACGUGACAGUCGAGAAGCAUUACUACGACAAAGGGAACUGGUGCGUAGUACUCAGAAAAAACCAGUGACGGUGGGAGACUGGGUUGGACUGAAUGUAGUAGGACAUUUUCGUAUUCUCGGUAUAGGACUGGAACUAGCUCAUGCGACGCAUGUGGGGGAAUAUCAUUAAUCUCAUCAU